UGUGUGUUUAUGGCUUUUAUCCUGUGCGUCUCAGGGAUUGAGGGACGACAAAAAAACAUCUGUGCCUUAAAAGGUUCGUCAGUGGAUCUGCCCUGCUCAGCUGAACGUCCCACCUCAAGCAUGAAAUGGUACACUGUGUACAGGGAUAGAUCUCAGUUAGUUCCAAAGGAGAUCUCACCAGAUGAAAAUCAUGUAACGAACAACAUGUUGGAAGAGAGAAACUUCACUCUGACGAUCAAAAAUCUGACAGAAAGUGAUGCAAAGGUUUACUGCUGCAAAGAAACUACUGACACACCAGACAACUGCAAGCAAAGUGAAAUUCAGCUCCAUGUGGCAGACCUGCAGGUGAAGGUGAUUCCCACCACAGAGGGACCGACAGUAACACUGAUAUGCAACACCAGCUGUCCUCUGACUGAAAACCCUGCAGUCUACAUCUGGUACAAGAACAGAGAGUUCCUCUAUCAGGACUGGUCUCCCUGGUACCACCAGCUGGUCAGCAGUGAGGAAGUAGUCACAUAUUCUUGUGCUAUCAAAGGCUACGAGCAUCUCAGAGCUCCUGAAGUCUCAGUGGAUUCUGUCACAUCGACCUGCUUUAAUGUGACCUAUGCUAAAGGGGCAAUGUGUUCUCAUAAGCAGUCAUCAGUGGAUGAGCCAUGCUCCAUCACAUAUCCAACAGAGGUACAUAUUCAAAAGACUCCUGCAGACAGACAGGACCAUGUCACACUGACCUGUAACACCAGCUGUCCCCUGACUCCCAUUAUAUGGUAUAAGAGCAGACAUUUACUUAGACAGUUUGAGAAACAUCAGCAUGUAGUUCCCAACAGCUCUGCUGAAAGCUUCUCCUGUGCUGUAAAAGGCCUCGAGGAUCUGCGCUCUGCUGAAGUCUGUGCUAAGGAUACAAACUGCAGGACUGUAAAUUAUGUCAGCAGGACAAUCUGCGCUCUGGAUGGUUCUUCAGUGAACAUUUCAAGUGAAUAUUCUAAUUCUAACUCCUGGCUACAAAAGUCAAAAUCAUGGUAUAAAGUAAAGAGAAGUGUGGAGGGUGAAGUUGAAAAGCCACUUAAGGCUGAAGAUAGAGUGAAGUAUAAUGACAACAUGAAGAAUCAUCACAUCCUGGGAAUCAAUAACCUGAAGAAGAAUGACUCAGCAGAAUACAGAUUCAAACUGCAGACAGACGAUGGAUGGAAACCUGGAGUGACUUUGGUUGUCACAGGUCUGAAAGUAAAGUUUGUGCCUUCUGCAGUGGUGAGAGAGGACCAGAGAGUCACACUGACCUGCAGUACCAGCUGUCCCCUGCCUGACAACACAACCUACGUUUGGUUCCUCAACAGUCGACCUCUGACCCCGACAGAGAACCAAAACAAACACCUGGUUCUAGAUCCAGUCAGCAGUCAGCAUGCAGGAAACUACUCCUGUGCUGUUAAAACUCCUCAAAACACCACCUCUCAUGAAAAAACUCUCACGGUCAAAAGUAAAACGGGAAAACUGACAUCAGCAGCAGCUGCAGGAGUCUGUGCUGCUCUCCUGCUUUUAAUACCCCUCACUGUCUUCUUGUGGAUUAGAAGAAGGAGGACUUCUAGUCAGUCUCCCAGAAAUGAAACUUCAGACAACUUGGAGCAGCUGAACCCUGAUCCGCUGUAUGGCAACGUCUCAGCUCAAACAACAGAGCAGGAUGAACUUCACUACAGCAGCGUCCACUUCUCUCAGAACCACAGAGAUCCUCUUUACUCCACAGUCCAGCCACAUCCCCCUCACAAAGAAGAGCACGUCCCCUAUGCUGUUGUCAACUUCAGACGAAACAUGACCCCUGAGCAUGACGGCCAGGCAGUGGAUACCUAGAAUUUGUACAACACAACAAACAGAAUAUAACAACACACUCCCCUCUGUGCAGAACUUGGAAAUUAUUCU